AUGAAGAAUACGUAUAAUAAAGAAAUUGUCGGUUUGAAGAAAGACAUUAGUCUUUUGGAAGGGAUAGUUCAAAGCAUUCUCUUUAGAAUAAACCGUACAACAGGCCCAGUGCUGAGUCCAACCAAUGAGUCUAAUCCUAUUAGUGUACAAUCACAGGUAACCGUAAGUUCUACCACGAGUAAUGACCCUAAUAAGGCUAGCUCUGACCCAGAUAUGAGUAAAGCAACAAACUUGAGUAUUAAGACAGUACAAUCAGCUGAUCAACCGCAAAAAACAUUUGUUGAUAAACAAACAACACGUGCUCCUUCCAAUGAAAGUCAAACGUUCUAUCCAGAAUAUCUUAAAGAUCAUGAUACGGACUUCCCACAGCUUCCUCAGAGGACUGGCGCUUUAAGAACGCGUAGUCGGUCGGAAUCUGCCGUGCCUUCUUCCUAUAUCGAGUCUCAGGACAAUCAAAUUCCUCGAGCAGACACGAGCACGCAAAACUGGAACGAGAUUGUGGCGAAAAAGAAAUCUCCUGUUAAAAUGGUACCGUUUAAGCCACUUAACGCACCCAGCAAAAACAGGGAUAACGCACAAACGACGCGCACAAAACGCGGGCUUCGUGGUAUUGCUUUCGAAAGGUCAAAAACUUUAUAUUUAGAGAACAUAUGCCAAGAAGAGUCCGAAUCCGACGAUGACACUAUAAAGAUAGUUAAAGAACAUGCGAAUAGUAAGGAUAUUAAAAUCUUACAAGUAUACGUAGUUCACAAUAGAGUCAACAGUUAUCGCGUGGGAUGCAAGAUUAUUGUGCCCCUCUCUACAGCCUCCAAAGCUAUGGAAAGUGACAUGUGGCCAACACCCAUCGCAUGUCGGGAAUGGAGGACUCGUCCUUAUACUGAUCGACGAUCUGAUCAGCUACCCCCUCGUCUGAGGUACUCUAAUAGGCGCCAGGAAAAUGAGGAUCGACGACAGGCUCGCCCCCCUUACCUCGAUCGCGAUGACGAUGAUGAUGGACACCCGCGUUCCUAUCAAAGUCGCAACUCAAAGGUUUAUGAAUAUGAUCAUUCUAAGGAUCCUAGAUCGAGAAGCGUUGAUGACAAUGGACAUAACAGAAUCGAUUGGUACGAUAGGGUUGAUUACGGCAAGUGAACGGUGCUCUACUCAUUUAAGCACGGUAUUAAGGUUAAAAUGCAUAUUCUCAAUAACUGCCGCACAACUAUUAUAUUUUUGUUACUAAUUGCAAUGAGUG